GCAAGCCCUGAUGUUUACCUCCCGCAGGGGCCUCCUCCCUCCCUAUAAAGCCUGACGUAGUGAAGAGAUUGGCGGAGACAGACUGGUUGAAGAGAGAGGCGAUUCCAGGAGAGCGCCAGAAAGCGUCAGAAAGUUAAUGUGGGAGGCGGAGAGAGGGGCAGCGACGCAACCAGCAGCAGAGGCGCUCAGCCACCUGAGUAGCCCGAAGGUGGUCGCGACGGUCGCGGAAGGGACGGCGCCCGGACGCUGGCUCCCCAUGGAGGCAUCCGAGCCGCUGGGCCGGGGACUGGUGCAGCGCCUGGAGCAGCUAGCGACGUGCCCGCUGUGCGGGAGCCUCUUCGAGGACCCGGUGCUCCUGGCGUGUGAGCACAGCUUCUGCCGCGCGUGCCUGGACCGCCGCUGGGGGACCCCGCCGCCUCCCGGCUCCGAGGUGCCCCCCACCGCCUGCCCGUGCUGCGGCCGGCCGUGCCCCCGCCGCAGCCUGAGGUCUAACGUGCGGCUGGCGGUGGAAGUGCGGAUCAGCCGCGAGCUGCGGGAGAAGCUGGCCGAGCCCGGGGCCCGAACUGGGAAACGCCGAGGGGGCCGCAUCCCCACCAUGGGCUGCCUGGCCCCGCACGGAGAGGAUACGAAGAAGACAUGGAGAAGGUUUGAUGCCCCAACUCCCAAGUCAUCUAACUCAGAAGACGAUCUCCCUGAAGAUUACCCAGUGGUCAAAAACAUGCUUCAUAGACUGACGGCCGACCUGACCCUGGAUCCUGGCACCGCUCACCGCCGCUUGCUGGUCUCCGCGGACCGCCGCAGCGUCCGACUGGCCCCACCGGGGACACCCGCACCCCGCGACGGCCCGGGGCGCUUCGAUCAGCUCCCGGCGGUGCUGGGCGCGCAGGGCUUCAGGGCUGGCCGCCACUGCUGGGAGGUGGAGAUCUCCGACACCGCCUCCCGCGGAGACUCUUCCGGGGAGGAUGAGGACGACGGGGAGAGCCGCUAUGCCCUGGGCGUGGCCGGGGAGUCGGUGCGACGCAAGGGCAGAGUAGGCCUAUGUCCCGCGGAGGCUGUGUGGGCCGUGGAGGAUCGCGGCGGCCGCCUGUGGGCGCUCACGGCCCCGGAGCCCACCCCGCUGGGCGGCGCCGGGCCCCAGCCGCGGCGCAUCCGCGUGGACUUGGACUGGGAGCGGGGCCGCGUGGCCUUCUACGACGGCCGUUCUCUGGACUUGCUCUUCGCCUUCCAGGCGCCCGGUCCCCUGGGUGAGCGCGUCUUCCCGCUGCUGUGCACCCGCGACCCCCGCGUCCCCCUCUGCCUCGUGCCAGCGGAAGGCUGAGAAGCUCACCCACAACCCUUAUUCUGGCUUGGUCAGAAAUAAGGCUGCUUCCUCUUGGGCACGGAAAUCCUUACUCAUUCCAGGCAUCAUGUCCACGCCCAUUGCUGGUGUAUUGAUAAGCACCCCUCCACCUACAUUGUCUGUUUUCUUCCAGAUAGUUAGGAUCUCAACUGGCCUCCAGUUUCCGCAUCCAUGCCCGAAGCUUAAUUCAUUCCUGCUCCCCCCACCAAAUCUUGGGAUGCUUCUCUCCCUUGGUUACCCCAGUACUUCCCAAGGGAUCUCUCCCCUUCUAUCUUUCCCGGGCCUGAAUUGGGGAACAGGUCCUGCCCCAUCAGUACUGGUAAUUGGCCCAUGUUUAAUACACAGAGGCCCUGCCGGUCAAACAUUUACCUCCCACCCCUGCCUCUCCUCCUGGCAAAGAAGGGCCCAGUGCCCUCUCCACAGGUCUGAGGGUUGGGUUUCCCUGCCUCGUCCAUUCUGAGGUUUCUCCUCAAGAGAAACAAAAGCCUCCUCCCCCAAAACAAGAGGCUUGACUCUGGCCUGGGCCUUAGGGCCCUCUUUUUGGGGGAGAAGGGGGCAGGCCAGUUCUACUCCACCAUGGCAGCUUUCUAUGCUUACAGCCUUUUCCCAUUAAGAACCUUCUUAAAACCUCCCCCCUGCACAUACAACAAGCAACCAAUGGUGCUACCUCUCCUUUCCUCAACCUGGGAAUGGCCCAGACACCCCAAAUUCACCCUUGUAUAUAGCCUCACUUCUUUCCCCAUAUGUAUAAAUGGGCCCGUAUUUAACACAUUUUGUGAUGUUGGGUUAUUUAUUUUGUGCAUCUGUGGCAAUAAGUGAGAUCUCAGUGGU